AUGCAUCUGAUAGUGUGCAUGGAAGAAUACUGCUACUUGACAAGACACGCAAUAAGACAGCUAAGUAAUUUGCUAGUUUAUAUAUUCUUUGUUGUUUUAAAUUUUUGCGAAAAGUUUAUCCUCUCCUCUUUAAUGUUCGAUAAAAAAAUCUGGGAUGCAAUUGGGAACAAAAAGACAUGCUCAUUCAAGCUAGAUACAAAGCUCGACACUCUUUGUAAGAACGAAUACAAUGUUACUGGAACAUGCAAUGAAUUCAGUUGUCCCCUUGCAAAUACCAAAUACGCAACUGUCAGAUCUAUAGAUGAAGAGCUGUUUCUUUUUGUGAAGGAGCCGGAAAGAUGUAAUACACCAAAGAGCAUGUACGAGAAGAUCAAGCUCAGCCACGAUUACCAGACAGCAUUGAAAGAGAUUGAAGAGCAUCUGGAGUUCUGGGAUCCGGAGAUCAUUCAUAAAUGUAAGCAAAGGAUGACAAAGCUGGUUGAAUAUCACGAAAGAAUGCAGUAUUUGCGAGAGAAUGGACAAAAAGAAUACAUGGUUAGAAAAACAAAGAUGAAUAGAAGAGAAAAGAUACGAGCGCUGAAAGCCUUGAAUUCAAUCAAUUUCGAACAGGAAAUUGGGGAUGAAAUCUUGAUGAGAUUAGAGGCCGGAAUAUACGGUGAAGAGAAUAAAGAAAAAUACGAAAGGGCAGUAGAAAAAGAAAAGAAGAGACGAAGAAAACGAUAUGUGGCUGACUUUGAAGAAAGCGCUGAAGUUUCAGACAUCCCAAAGAAAAAAAAGCAGAAAAAAGAGAAAAAAGAAAAGGCGGUGCAAUGGUAA